GCCCAUAGCCACACUCCCUCUUCUUCGUGCUCCUCCAGGUGCUUCUCGAUCUCAAUACCUAUACUUACAGGACCAGCGAUCAUGCCAGUCUCUUGUUCAGGCCGACUACCCGGAGCUGCUGAUCAACAUGGCGGCAUAAGUAUGCUUUGAAGCGCACGUGAGACAAGCCAUCUGGUGGCUUCCAAGUAUCAACUGGAGGUUCAACAAUGACUUAUUGCACCGACGGCGCAGCACCCAUGCGAGCUCUCAUCACCGAAACCGCAGCCUGGCUCGCCUGGGGCAUUCUUCCAGGUUGCCCGAGACCGGCAGUUGUACAGGUGAUGUUCAACAUCCUGAAACCACUGUGCUCUUCUGCGGAAGAUGAUAUCCAGAUCCUUGGGAUGCACAAGCCUCAAAGUCGCAGUCGCCCAGACCUGGGCGCAUUAGCCAAUGGCAAAACAGUCCUGUGGCAUAGAGAACUCUUUGUACCUAGAUUGGAUCGCUGACUUGGGUGAAUACUGUGCAACAGACGGCGAGGGCAGACAGCCUUGAGAACUGC